AUGGUGAUGGUGACGACAGCAUCACAUGUCGGUUGGUUCCUGGCAGUGCAUAGCAGCAACCUCCUACGUAGAGGGGUUGGACUCGCACGACUUGGCUUCAGUGGUGGCGAAGAGGAAGGAAGACGACUACUGAGGAUCUCUCAUGGCGGCUGGAGAAGUUUCCUUCAGUUUAGGUUUCCAGAAAAAUCUCUAUCAAAAUCAACUUCUGAUCACUCCAAACCCAUUGAAGAAGAAGAGUUAAAUUCUUCUGAUCACUCAGACGACUCUUUGGCAACAACUCAAAGAAAAAGAGACUGGAGAGUAGCGAAGUUUGCUGAUGAGAUCUGGAAAGAACAAGGGUUCAACACCUCCUUCGAUGAAACUUUGAUAAAUUCUUGGGUGAAUCCAACUAGUAGACUUCUAGAUGUUGACUAUAUUCCUCAUCUUAAUUAUGUACAGCCAACAUCUGAUGGCUACUGGGACAUCCCCAUCUCUCCUAACUCAAAAUACUUCCUUGUUUUUAAGCCUCUUGAUCUCAAUAUCCCUGAUGAACGAAGAUUACCUAUGGAGUUUGAACACUUGAACCUCUUCCAUGCCAAACAAGGAUCAAAAUUCGAGAACAUCUGUUCCAACGAUAGACCAAAUGGGGUAAAGAACUAUAAAGCAAGGAAAUUCAUGAAAAAAAUUCAUCCAGUGCUCUCCAACAAAUUCAACUUUCCUCCAUUCGAGCCUGUUCCAGAUUAUACUGAAGGUUUUCAAGACAUGUCACUAGGAGCAACUAGUUACCCCAAGCUAGGGAUUGUUUACAAGAAAGCAAUUGAUGGGCCUAAGUUCUUCAUCCCCGUAUCUAUAAUUCAUCGUUUGACAAAGAAACAAUUGGAUGUCACCUUGGCUUCGGUACAAAGAUCGAAGCAUACUACUGAUGUAGUCAAAUUUGAAAUCUCAAGUAGACUUAUUGCUACCAUAAAGAAGAGUGGAAUCGAAGAUUGUGUUUCUGUUUGUUGGUGA